UGACCCGUCUUCAUUGAAGGAGGAGCCUAGGGUUCGUUCCUCGGCUAAGAACAGGGGGUCCUAUUAUUUUUCUACGAUUCUUCAUUUGAAGCUCACAAUUUCGGCAGAGUUCUUCUCUAAGUAGUUUCGCUGAGUUUUCGCAGAGAGCGUCUUUGGGUUUACACAGAUUGUUACCUUGCAAGCUUGUUUAAUUAGACAAAUAAGAUGCCAAGUGGAAAAGGAAAUGCUUCAUCUAUUGCUAGACCAGUUGAACCUGAAAAGCAAAAUGAAUCCGAAAAGCCAGUUGACUCUGAUGAGAGGGUAGAUCUUGAUGUUGAUAAUGAUCCUGAGGAGGUAAUGGAAGAAGAUGUCGAGUAUGAAGAAGUAGAGGAGGAGGAAGAGGUAGAAGAAAUAGAAGUUGAAGAAGAGGAGGAAGAGGAGGAGGAAGAGGAGGGUGAGGAAGAAGAUGUUGAAGAAGUGGAGGAUGAUGGGAAUAAUGACAAUAGAAUUAAUGGCCAAAAUGAAAUUGACAAUGAUGAGGAUGAAAAGAAAAAACAUGCCGAGCUUCUUUCCCUACCUCCUCAUGGUUCUGAAGUAUAUGUUGGUGGUAUUCCUCACGAUUCUUCUGAAGAAGAUUUAAGGCAUUUUUGUGAACCCAUAGGAGAAGUUACAGAGGUUCGCAUUAUGAGAAAUAAAGAAUCAAAUGAGAAUAAGGGCUUUGCAUUUGUUACCUACAGAAGCGUUGAGUUGGCUUCUAAAGCAAUUGAUGAGCUGAAUAACACCGAAUUCAAGGGAAAGAAGAUAAAAUGUUCAUCAUCUCAAGCAAAGCACCGUUUGUUCAUUGGUAAUGUUCCCAGGAGCUGGGGCGAGGAAGAUCUUAAGAAGGUUGUGAAAGACAUUGGGCCUGGAGUUACGGCUGUGGAACUAGUAAAGGAUAUGAAGAAUACUAGCAAUAACAGGGGUUUUGCUUUUGUUGACUACUAUAAUCAUGCAUGUGCUGAAUACUCAAGGCAGAAGAUGAUGAAUCCAAAAUUUAAGCUAGAUGAUAAUGCUCCAACUGUUAGCUGGGCAGACCCUAAAAAUGCUGAUUCAUCUGCUGCUUCACAGGUGAAGGCAGUUUAUGUGAAGAAUUUGCCAAAGAAUGUAACACAGGAGCAGUUAAAAAGGCUAUUUGAUCAUCAUGGGAAAAUUACAAAAGUGGUUUUGCCUCCUGCAAAAGCUGGACAAGAGAAGAAUAGAAUUGGUUUUGUACAUUUUUCGGAGAGAUCCAGUGCUAUGAAGGCUUUAAAAAAUACUGAAAAAUAUGAAUUGGAUGGUCAACUUUUGGAGUGUUCUCUUGCAAAGCCACAAGCAGAUCAGAAGUCUGGAGGAUCAAAUAGCCAAAAGUCUGGAUUGCUUCCCAACUAUCCACCUCGUGUUGGAUAUGGCUUUGUUGGGGGGCCUUAUGGUGCUGUAAAUGCAGGAUAUGGUGCUUCUGGUUUUGGUCAGCCGUUGAUAUAUGGAAGAGGACCAACUCCUGCUGGUAUGGCAAUGAUGCCGAUGUUGCUUCCUGAUGGACGGAUUGGCUAUGUCUUGCAACAACCAGGAUCACAGAUGCUAACCCCUCCACCACAUCCAAGAAGUGGCGGCAAUGGUGGCGGAAGUGGCAGUAAGAAUGGCGGCAGUUCUAGUAGGGGGAGACAUACACAUGACAACAGUAGCCAUGGUCGCAGGUAUCGCCCAUAUUAAUUCUUGCAGUGAACGUUGUGCCCGUGAACGAACACGAAAGGUUUCUGCUAAAGGUUGCCUCUCCCUCCGCCUAACAUCGUGAUCGUAGAGUCUUCCUAGCUAAUUUAUGGGCUGCUUUGUAAUGUGGUGGUUAGUUCUUUUUAAUCAACAUUACCUAGGAGGUUACAGUUCAAAUUAAUUAAUGUGUUUUGCCCUCGGUUUUGUUCAAAUUCAGCUGUGGUAAAAAUGGUCUUGAAUACGUUACCCCAUUGGUAUGAUUUUAAUUGCAUUCCUGAAAUCC